AUGUUCACCCGGCUUGUUUGCAUCAGUGAUUAUGAACAACAUGCUAAAUCCAUACUUCCAAAGUCUAUAUAUGACUAUUAUAAAUCUGGGGCAAAUGAUCAGGAAACCUUGGAUGAUAAUAUUGCAGCAUUUUCCAGGUGGAAGCUUUAUCCACGAAUGCUCCGGAACGUUGCUGAAAUAGACCUGUCGACUUCUGUUUUAGGGCAGAGAAUCAGCAUGCCAAUCUGCGUUGGGGCUACUGCUAUGCAGUGCAUGGCUCAUGUGGAUGGCGAGCUUGCAACUGUGCGAGCUUGCAGGUCACUGGGAACAGGCAUGAUGCUGAGCUCCUGGGCCACCUCCUCAAUUGAAGAAGUGGCAGAAGCUGGUCCUGAUGCACUUCGCUGGCUGCAGCUGUACAUCUACAAGGACCAUGAGGUUACCAAGAAGCUGGUGCGGCGGGCUGAGUGCAUGGGCUACAAGGCCAUAUUUGUGACGGUGGACACACCUUACUUGGGCAACCGCUUCGAUGAUGUGCGUAACAGGUUCAAACUGCCACCUCAACUCAGAAUGAAAAAUUUUGAAACCAAUGAUUUAGCAUUUUCUCCCAAGGAAAAUUUUGGAGACAACAGUGGACUUGCUGCAUAUGUGGCUAAAGCAAUAGACCCAUCUAUCAGCUGGGAGGAUAUUAAAUGGCUGAGAAGACUGACAUCCCUGCCCAUUGUUGCAAAAGGCAUUUUGAGAGGUGAUGAUGCCAGGGAGGCAGUUAAACAUGGUUUGGAUGGGAUCUUGGUGUCAAAUCAUGGGGGUCGACAGCUCGAUGGGGUGCCAGCCACUAUUGAUGUUCUGCCAGAAAUUGUGGAGGCUGUGGAAGGGAAGGUGGAAGUCUUCCUGGAUGGGGGUGUACGGAAGGGGACUGACGUUCUGAAAGCUCUGGCCCUGGGAGCCAAGGCUGUGUUUGUGGGGAGACCGAUCAUUUGGGGCUUGGCUUCGCAGGGAGAGAAAGGCGUUCAGGGUGUCCUUGAGAUACUGAAGGAAGAAUUCUGGUUGGCCAUGGCUCUAAGUGGGUGCCAGAAUGUGAAAGUCAUCGACAAGACAUUGGUGAGGAAAAAUCUUUUGGCCGUUUCCAAGAUCUGA